AUCUCUGCUCUGCAACUCUCUGCGUCUAUCAGACUCAAGUUUAUCCGUGUCACACGGAUCAGUAUUUUAACUCAAUUUGGUGUUCAACGAGUUACUUAAUUUAAAAAGCUACAAAGCCCUAACCUGUUGAUAUAAUUGCACUGUUUUAUUAAUAAUUAAGUAUUUGGGAAGAGGCGGUGGUAGUCGUUAACAACUGGUCUAGUCCACUAAAUUAUUUAACCUUUUUGAAAUACUUGGAAUUAGUAUCCUGAUUUUAUACGAAGGAAGAAUGUCCGCUUCCAUGAUGUCCAAUGCAAAGCUUCAGGAUGAUAUGAAUAGUAUACCUUUGGCUGAUGACGAUCCCCAAGUGAUUAUCCCAGAAGAAGAAAUCCUUGACAAUGUGUCUAACACGUCAGAUGCGCUUGCUCGAGGCCGUAGUAUGGACUCGCUUCCUUCUACAUUUACCAAUGGAAGUAGCAGUCCCAAUAGUUUAGAUCCCGAUAUAAGCCCAGAUGAACAAGAAGAAAAAGCAAGGUUGAUAGCACAGGUUCUUGAACUUCAAAAUACUCUUGAUGAUUUGUCACAAAGAGUAGACAGUGUCAAGGAGGAGAACUUAAAGCUUCGCAGCGAAAAUCAAGUAUUGGGACAAUAUAUAGAAAAUUUAAUGUCAGCUUCGAGUGUGUUUCAAUCGACGAGCCCGAAAUCUAAAAAGAAGUGAAUUUCUAGCAUGACUCUAAAUGUAACUAUUAAUUGCAAGCUCUUUCGCAAUUUGGAAAAACAAAGCAAAAUGCAUAUUUUGCUUUAAACAAUUUUCUUUAGAAAAAUGUACAAUUCUGUCGUGAAAGUUUUUUAAUUGUAUUACCAAGCCUGGUAAAUGGUACAACUAUAAUUAUCUGGCUUAAAAUUCGUAAAUGUAAUUUUUACAAUAUUAUUCUCGAAGUGGAAAGAAGAAUAUGAUAUGCAUUUCUCAUAACUUAUUUUAUAGAAAAGGGGAUUGCGCUUCUUAGCUAUGCCACCCCGUCCAAGACUUUAUAUCUAUGUUUAAAGUAUACAUUACAUGAUUUUGUUGCCAAAGACUUCAGUUUCUUUUUCUCUUUUUAUAUAACUAUGCUUAAAUGCUUGAAACUAGUAGAUAGAAAGAGACAUAAAAAAUUAAAGUAGGGU